AUGGAAGCUCCGCCAUGGAUUCGAGAAUCUGAAGAGAAGGACCUCGUCGAUGGUUACAUCCUUCAUCAUCCUGUUGAUUUCAAAAUUUCCGGUAAAGAUACAUCGGAGAGUUCCAAUGCCAAGAGGAAAGCUGAAAGCUCCUACGGUCUUUUCUGUGUCAUGAGAAAGAGAGCUUGUAGGCACAAGUAUGUUGAUGAUAUCUUCCCGGAUUUGGAAGAUAAUCCAGAGAAAUUUCUAUUGGAUGAGGAAGAUAUGAUUGUAGAUGACUGCUGCAGCAGUGGCAGUGACACAGAACUAUCUGAAUGCUCAGAAUUUGAUGUUAUAUCAGAACAUGUUUUACAAGACAUGGGCUUGAUGGGGGAAUCAAACGGUUUGAAAUCUCUGGCAAUAUGCAACUUUCCUUGGCCCAUUGAGGAUGAGGGAGCUCUGGUUAGUAAGUUGUCUUCUGAAACUCAGAAUUCUAUCUUCUUGUUAUCUCCUGAUGAAGUUAACGAGGAGAAUGGUGUAGGGACUAAGGAAGAUGUCGUGUUAUCAACUACUUCUGCAUCCCCAAGGGACAUUGAUCCCCAAAUUUGCUCUGGUCAUAGUAAUGACAUCCCUCACUUCCAUUCAGAACGGAAAAGAGAUCAAAUGUCUUGCAUCCCUGUGGUUUGUGAAGAUAUUUUGAGGUGCAGGAUCAACAAAGAAGAUCCACAAAUCCAAUGCAAUUCUGAUAACUUCAAGAAGGAUAGCGACAAAUCAUCUGAAACUGAAGUUAGAUAUGAUGAUGUAGUCAACAUGCAGGCGUCUUUGGAGAAAAUGAGCAGCAAUGAUGAGCUAAGACUSUGGRAUAAAGACGAUGAUCCAAUACCGAUCGGCAUUGAUCCUCCUGCUGGUGAGUCAAGCAUAUUGCUAGAGACUGGUUCACUUAAUCAGAAUGUCAGGUGUAUAAAUGAAAACAACGUUCUUGGUGAUCUAAGACUCUGGAAUAAAGACGAUGAUCCAAUACCGAUCGGCAUUGAUCCUCCUGCUGGUGAGUCAAGCAUAUUGCUAGAGACUUGUUCACUUCAUCAGAAUGUCAGUUUUGAUAAUGAAUACAACGUUCGUGGUGAUCAUAUUGGUCUUGAAAUCACUCCAAUAUCCCUAACGAAAACCCUUGAAGGUCCUAGUAGGUCGUUGUCAGUUUGUGGCUCUCUAGCAGGCAGAAACUUACCUCUAAUGGAAGAGAGCUCAGGUGCUUGUAGUUCAUUGGAUAUAAAUGUUAGUAGCUCUGAGAACAGGGAUGCAAAACUUGCUCAAACCCCAUCAACUCUGUACCAGGAAGAAGUUAAUGGUGAAGAUGAGAUUUGCUUUUCUGACAUUGAUGCAAUGAUUCACAGGUUGAAUCUAGUCCCGGAGGAUUCAGAUUCAUGCUUAAACAGGGAAGAAUGGAACAUGUCGAAGCACCCAAGACAUACAUUACUUGGAUUGGAACACUGCACUAGAACUUCAACGCGAAGAGCACUUGUGUUUCAAGGGGCUAUUGCCGUACUGCAUUGUCGUGAUUCAAAGCAUUUUAUUAGAAAACACGAGGUAAUUAUUGGGAGAUCAUCUCAUGGCCUGAAGGUUGACAUUGACUUGGGUAAAGACGGUUAUGGGAGCAAGAUAUCUCGGCGACAGGCAUUGGUGAAGCUAGAGAACAACGGAUCAUUCUCUCUAAAGAACCUUGAAAAGCGACAUAUCCUUGUAAAUGGAGAAAAACUCAAUACAGGACAGAUUGGAACUCUCGCAUCGUGCAGUUCAAUCAAUUUUAAAGGAAUAGUUUUUGAGUUCAAGAUUAACAAAGAAGCAGUGAGACAGUUCUUGAAGAACAACACACGGAGAAACAGCGAGGACGACGCCAAAUUCAGAUGGUGCGAAUAG